ACAAGCCCGAGCGACUGCGUUGCUGGGUAAGUAAAACAAAAACAACAGCCUUCGCGUCAGAGUUUAAAGCUUCAAGGUGCGAAACGUUAUCUUCGGCGAUUCUUGUUUUUGCACGGUUCCGCUGCAAAGGUUCUUUUCUACUGUAAACUAUGGCAGCUGACUGCGAGGCUUGGCUGAACGCAAACCCUGUUGAGGCCGUGGACCUCAGCGACUCCUUCAUUUCUGCCGAGGAAGACAAUGGGGGAUCCGGCGUCUCCAACAAGAACGUCAUCAACGAGAUCAACGGUAACUGGGUGUCUUCGUCCAGCAGCAACAUCCAGGAGGCUCGCCUGAAGGCAAAGGCCAAGCGGAGGCUGCGGAAAAACUCCUCCAGGGACUCGGGCAGGGGGGACUCCCUCAGUGACAACGGGGAAGUAGUGAGGGGAACCUCCAUGGCGCCGACGAGUCCCAAGAGCAAGCUGCUCGACCGAAAGUCCCGCAUGGGAAAGGGCAGAGGCCUGCCAAAAAAAGGUGGAGCGGGAGGAAAGGGUGUGUGGGGAAGAUCAGGUGAAGUUUACGAACCGGUGGAGGUGGACAAGAAAGACCCUAACUUUGACGAAGAUCAGGAAAACUGUGUGUACGAGACUGUGGUGCCUCCGCUGGAUGAGAGGGACUUCGAGAAGACGGUCACCCCCAUAGUGCAAGAGUACUUUGAACACGGAGAUACAAACGAAGUAGCGGAGCUGCUUGCGGACCUGAACCUGGGCCCUAUGCGGAGCGAGGUCCCGUCGCUCGCCGUGUCUCUGGCCCUGGAGGCCAAGGCCAGCCAGCGGGAGCUCACCUCCAGGCUGCUGGUGGACCUGUGCGGAAGCGUUCUCUCCCACAGCGACAUGGAGUCCUCUUUCGACAAGCUGCUCAGAGAUCUGCCUGAUCUGGUCCUGGAUACACCUGGAGCGCCUCAAUUGGUCGGCCAGUUCAUUGCUCGGGCUGUUAGUGACCAGAUAUUGUCCAAAAGCUACAUCGACGGCUACAAAGGCAAAGUUGAUUGUGAACAUGCAAGAGCGGCGCUAGAUCGAGCAGCCGUGCUGCUGAAGAUGAGUAUGGGUGGCCUUCGCAUCGACAACCAUUGGGGGACGGGCGGAGGCCAGCGACCCGUCAUACAACUCAUCAAAGAGAUGAACCUGCUGCUGAAGGAGUACAGCCUGUCUGGAGACGGCAAGGAGGCGGAGAGAUGCCUACGAGACCUGGAGGUCCCGCAUUUCCACCACGAGUUUGUCUAUGAGGCCAUCGUGAUGGUGUUGGAAUCCCGAGGGGAGAAAACAUUCAAAAUGGUGCUGCAGCUACUCAAGUCGCUCUCUCUGUCUUCCAUCAUCACUGAGGACCAAAUGCGAAGGGGCUACGAACGAGUUUACAUGGACAUCGAUGAGAUAAACAUCGACGUUCCUCUUGCGUAUUUUAUCCUGGAGCAAUUUGUGGAGAAGAGCUUUCACAUGGGAGUCAUUGGUGUAAAAUUAAGAGACCAGUGUCCGCACCGGAACCGAAAGAGGUUCGUCAGCGAGGGAGACGGCGGAGUUGUGAAAUUUGAACGGUACUGAUUAGGCCUUUCGAUGAGCCAGAAUACCUGAAAAGAAGUGGAAGAAAAAAGAAAAACUUACCUUUUUACUUGCAUUCUUUUUUUUGUUUUUUGAAUGGUGAAGUAAAAUGUUCUCCCUUCCAACGGUCUAAUUCUGGGUAAAAAGAAAAGCUGCACUUUUGAUUUAAACUGAAGUAGACCACUUUACUUCAAAGUGUUUCUAUACAAACAUUUACAUAAGCUAUCCCUUAAAGUGCCACACCUCUCAGUGUCAGUCAUUCCAUGUUGUUUUGUACAGUUAUUUUUCCUUUUCUGUUUUACUGCUACUCCUUUUGUUUUCCAAAAGCAGUGUUUGUACCAAGAUAACUAAUUUGUGAUAAGAGCUUUAUGAAUCUGUGGAAGAAAUAAAAAAUAAAUAAAUAAAGGG